CGGCGGAUGAUGAGACGCAGAAUGUUUCUUUUUGGCUCUUGCCUUUCGACCUCGGAGUGAGAGACUCUUAACCCCCGGAUGAAUGCAGUGAUGCACAGAUUUAGGACCCUGCGUAGCCUUUCCCCCGUCUUCCGUCACUCGCUCAGGCUAACCCAGGUGAGGUGGAGCCGCUAUAGUCCUGAAUACAGGGAUCCACAGACGGACAAGGAGUAUUACCGCAAGCCCUUGGCGGAGCUGACUGAGGAGGAGAAGUGUGAACAGGAACUCAGGAAGACUCAGCUUAUCAAAGCUGCCCCAGCAGCGAAAACAAGCUCUGUGUUUGAAGACCCCGUGAUCAGUAAAUUCAUCAACAUGAUGAUGAAAGGAGGAAACAAAGUACUGGCCAGAUCCCUCAUGACACAGACUCUGGAAGCUGUGAAAAGGAAGCAGUUUGAGAAGUACCAUGCUGCUUCUGCUGAGGAACAGGCAACCAUCGAACGCAACCCCUACACCAUCUUCCACCAAGCUCUGAAAAACUGUGAGCCUGUGAUAGGGCUGGUGCCCAUUCUCAGAGGGGGCCAUUUCUACCAGGUCCCUGUGCCACUUCCCGCCCGGCGUCGUCGCUUCUUGGCCAUGAAGUGGAUGAUCACUGAGUGCAGGGAGAAGAAGCACCGGCGGACGCUGAUGCCGGAGAAGUUGUCACAUGAACUGCUGGAGGCUUUUCACAACCAGGGCCCUGUGAUCAAGAAGAAGCAUGACAUGCACAAGAUGGCCGAGGCCAACCGUGCCCUGGCUCACUACCGCUGGUGGUAGGGGGAGGGGGCGGCGCUCUGCUGCAAGAAACAGUGGGAGCCACUGUCCCUGUCAGCGAAAACCCCUUGUGGGUGAAGUAGUUCCUUUUUAAGGGCGUGCAGGCCUUGUAAGGGGGGAGCAACGUAUUUAUGCCCAUUAGUCCUUUCUUUGGGCGCUAGAACUUGCUUUUCCUGUCCCAGCUCCUCAUAAACCGGGAACCUAUCAAUUUGGAUUUCCCCCAGGAACUUCGGGCCCAUCCAGCUUCUCUUCCUUUAUUCAGGGUAGAACUUUGGAAGUUAUGAAAGGAAGCAGUUUUAAUGUUAGAAAAGGUUUAUUAGAAAAUUCUCGCCCUGAACUGGUGUCGCAUGUGUGGUACCUGCCAUUUACUAAAAUCGACUGGAAAUUUGUUUCCAAAGUGGUCCUUGUACAAAAUGUAUAAAAAGCAGUUUCUGGUGUGA